AUGUGCCAACUCGCCCAGCGUUUACCAGCUCGCCUUUCAAACUGGGAACAACAAGGAUCCUGCGAACUUCUGAGCAGCGCACCUGGUUGCAGAAUAAACAUGGAGAAACAUUCACAUUUGGCGAUAAAAUCAUCUUACUCAGACUUGGUCAUCAAUGUAGGAAAAGUAACUCUUGGUGAAAGUAACAGAAAAAAGCUGCAGAAAGUUCAGAGAGAGAAAGAGAAGGUGAAAGUGAUCCAGGCUGCAUGUGCUUUAUUAAACUCAGGAGGAGGAGUGAUUCAACUGGAAAUGGCAAACAACGAUGAAAAUCUCGUGGAGAUGGGACUGGAUUUAGAAGCAGCUUUGAGAACACUUAUUCUGUUUUCAAAUCUGCAAGCUUUCUUCAAGACAAAGCAACAAGGGAAGUGUUACUACAUUUUUGUGAAGUCUUGGAGCACCGACGCCUUCUUGAAGACAUUUCUGUUAAGCCCCGCAUUUGUAGCCUGA